AUGCUCUACUGCCACGACCUGGACAUCGUCCACCGAGACCUCAAGUGCGAGAACCUGCUCCUCGACAAGGACUUCAACAUCAAGCUGUCCGACUUCGGCUUCUCCAAGCGCUGCCUGCGGGAUGAGAGCGGCCUGCUGAUCCUGAGCAAGACCUUCUGCGGGUCGGCGGCCUACGCGGCCCCCGAGGUCCUGCAGGGCAUCCCCUACCACCCCAAGGUCUACGACAUCUGGAGCCUGGGCGUGAUCCUCUACAUCAUGGUCUGUGGCUCCAUGCCCUACGACGACUCCAACAUCAAGAAGAUGCUGCGCAUCCAGAAGGAGCACCGCAUCAACUUCCCGCGCUCCAAGCACCUGACGAACGAGUGCAAGGACCUCAUCUACCGCAUGCUGCAGCCCGACGUCAACCGGCGGCUGCACAUCGAGGAGAUCCUCAGCCAUGUCUGGGUGCAGCCCAAGCCCCGAGCCCUCAGCAAGGAGGGGGCAGGCCUCCUGGGCACUGAGCCCCCGCAGGUCCCGGAGCCCUCUCGGACCCCUGAGGCCUCGAUGACUACCCAGCACUCUCGGACCCCUGAGCCCUCGCAGACCACCGGGCACUCUCGGACCCCCGAGGCCUCGCGGACCCCUGAGGCCUCUCGGACCCCUGAGGCCUCGCGGACUCCUGAGGCCUCGCGGACGACCGAGCCCAGCUCCGACAAGAAGUCUAUCUCCCACCAGGAGCCCCAGGAGGAGGCACAGCCUGAGGUGACGCCAGAGUCAAAGCCCCAGGAGGAGAUGGUGCAAGGGCAGGUCUCCAGGCAGCUGGAGAGCACCAGCCUCAUCGCCCCAACGGGGCAGCGGAGCAGGGAGACAGUGGAAGGGCGCUCUCCAAAGCCCCCGCAGACCCAGUGAGCCUCUCACCGGGCCCAGGGGCUGGCAGGGAAGGAGGCGGAGCCACAGCUUUGAGCCUGGGCUCCAGACAGGUGAGACCCGAGGUGAAGGACAAUUCCCAGAUGAGCCACUAUUUUUGUCAAUUUCCCCCCCUCCCUUUGAACGUGCUACUGAAGCAAUAAAUCACUAUAUUGGUCCAUAAACUGGGUGUAGGGUUAAUGAGUUUCAGCCAACAUCACUGCCCGCCUCUCCCCCAGCACACGGAGCCCACAGCCAUCCAUGCACGGCAGAAUUUAGCCUGUGGUUCUCUAGGUUUGUCUCCUGGACCCUCAGUCCCUCAGGUUAGGGCUCGUCCCCCUUGCUGCUCCCUACUCCCACUCCCAGCAGCCGACCUGCCUCCACUCCCCAAGCUUUCUUUUUUUAAAAGGUAUUGUUUUUUUUAGAAUAUA